UAUGUCACAUGAGUGCUAUGUAGUAUUCUCGAAGUUCGAAGAUCGUGGGUUCGAGAAAAAUAUCAAAUUUUUACCUUGAAAUGUACUAAAGAAUUACUAGUUUCUGAAGUUCUGCACUUCGGUGUCAAAUUUCCUUGUAUAAAAUGGUACAUGGCAGGUUCGUUUGAAACCAUCGAUUUGUUGUUGGACAAAUGCUCCCUUUCAUCGCAACUUUUGUAUAAAUUCCUAUAUAAUAACCUACGUGUUGGACAGUGGGAGCUUGCCAGAGCAUGCAUUGAGGCGCUGCUGCAAAACGACGGGAGCUAUGAAGAGAAAUUUGCAGAUUUACUGAGGAAUGUUAUUGAUGAACCACUUCUGUACAGUGAUGGAUCUCAUUCUGUGGAAACACCAUUUCAUUUGUCCUGGCUUGCUUCACUGGAGUUUCUUAAGCAUUUCAGGGGAAAGAUUGAACUUCCAAAAACACUCCAACUUAAACUUGAGUUCAGGUUGUUGUUGCAGUCUUGCAAUGUAGAACAUGUUCCUCUUGAAAUUCUUCAGGAAUUGGACUAUUAUCACUCGGAACUCCUGGGUGAUAGUCGAUCAGGCAUCACUACCAUCGUACCUGAUGUCAGCAUGUCCUGGGUAGAUCACUUGAAGACGCUAAUUUCCAAACAACCUCGACACGCUCAUGCAAUUAUCCACAGUCUGAUCGUACCGGAUGCCAGAUAUGCUAACAACAAUCUCUUCUUUUACAACCUAUACUUGGACCUGCUCAAGGAUAAGUUGAACGAAAUGACCAGCUUGGAAAAUAGUCUAAAAGAGGCGACUACGCCGGGCGAACUUAACAAAACUGCCAAAGCUAUGUUGAAGAAACACAGUUUGAGCUGUCAAAACGUGCAUCAGUUGUUAUCUUCAAUGGAUGUGCACUUACUUAUAGAUCAUCCAGAAAUUGACGAAGUCUUAAUGAACUUGUUGUACAAGGCACAAAGCAAUCCAACUGGUAAUUUUACAAAAGGCUCUCUUUAUUCGUCGAUGCUCUGUCAUCCGUCGCCUUACCUAUUUCGACGUUUUUGCGAUUUUGAGACCGAAUAUCAACUUGGCAAUAGCUUCAGGAGUUUUUCUGAAGUUUCAUCAGCUCCGAGGUUUUUCGUUCCGUCUGAAAGUCUGUUGACAAGAACAUGCGAGAAGAAUCGACCCACUGCGUGGAAAUUAUUAUAUUUGUAUGCGAAACAGGAUCACCACAUUUUAGAAGAUGUUGUGAAUACAUGUGUGGAAUUCGCCCAACAAGGUGACCUGGACAAGGUCAUUCAAAUUCUUUCUUGUGAUGAAUUUUCGCCACUGAAAGUACUGGUAUUGCUGUUGGCGUGGCCACAUUGUCACACUUGUGACAGAGCUCAAAAACUACUGGAUGGUUUAUGGGAUCGUGAACGAUCUUCUGAACAUGUUCUUUUAAACCAAGCAUGUACCAAAUUGGAAUAUCAGUUGCAUCUUGUAAAGUGGUGUUUGGAUAAAGCGACGCCAUUGCUAGCUGCCGACGAAUCAUCUUCAGAAGAACAUCAAAAAGUGUACGAAAUGUUUCAGAGUCUAGAUUCCCAUUCUGUCUUACAUGUACUACACCAGUCUACAAAUCUCUCUCAAUUGCCCGAAAGCGAAGUGCUGGAGAUCUUACAAACUAGACCUGUAUUCUCCUGUGAAAAUUCCUCUGGGUCGCAGGCGGAAAUUGCUGCAGACACUAACGUUGAAACUGGUGAAGCGGAAAUACAACGUGAUAUUGCGCUGUAUCACGGCUUCUGCUCCAUGCGUGGUUUCCUAGAAGCAAUCAUGCCCGGGCAGGCCGAAAAUGAAUGCACUGAUGCAACAGCGAAAAUCCGAGAAUCAUGCGAUCACGUGAGCAGCAUAUACCCUAUCACGUUCCGAGUAGAGAUCCUGGAGAAUAUAUUUAGCUUACUUUUUGUUUCAUCUGAACACUUGCUGGAAGAGAUUUCAGCCGCUUACGAAACUGACGACUUGGAGACUAUAGAUAGCCGAAGUUUACGAAGUAGCCGAACCGGUAGCUUUGAAAGUUUUGUAAGCGUUGAUAGUCCCUGGAGACCUUCGAGAAAUUUGGAACAAUCUGCUUCGCGGCCGAUGUCUCCUGAACCGGCUGGCAGGUUAGACGGAGAACGCUUAAAGCAGUCGCCAUUCAUGGAUGCCGGCUCGAGGGGAACGAAAGACAGUGAAGACACAAGACGACUAGAUCUUUCAAAAGUCGAAACGACUUUGCCCGAAGGUGAGGCGAGAAGAUCCGCGUGUGCUCGAGAGCUGAAUUUCGACGAUGGCAAUGUAGCGCAAGACGAAUUUAGUGAGCUGUUCCCCCAGAAUUUAAAAGGAUCAAAAGAAAAACUUCUAGAUGUUUCAGAGCGUCACGCGAGAGGACUUUUAGUAAACAGAACAUUGCUUUGCCAGUUUUUGGAAAUACUAAGGGAGUGUUUAGAUGAGGUUAUACGGUUAAAAUCUGUGCCAGAGGAAUUGGACAAAGUAGUCUACGCCGAUUGGAUGAAGACGUCUGUUUCCAUGGCAACACUUGACCAACGAAUAUCACGUCUGAGCCAGUAUAUUAACGAAGCACAGUGGAGAUACCAGCUUGUGUCCACGUGUUGCGAUGUCGACGACUUGGAGGAUGACGUGAUGGACGACCAAACAGGCUUCUUUUCGGAUGACAGUGAUCUAGAUCUUGAAGUUGGGAAAGACGAAGACGAGAAGCGUGAUGGCAAUGUUUCGAAACCUUCAAAACGAAGGAAAAAAGAUUUAGACGAAGGGGAAGCUACAAAACCGUCGGCAGUAGCAACCUCGCUUGAGGUUAGCAUCCCUCGCUUGCUUUCCUCACCGAGCAGCCUCGUCUACAUGUGUAUGAAGAAGGACAGCUACGCUCAGGCCAAAAACAUCAUCAAACUUUUUAACGUCGAAGAAGAAGACAGCUCUAAAGCUGUUCAUUUUGCAGAGGAGUACGAAAAGUCGUUUCAAAAAUUGACACAGAUCGAAAAAAGUAAAAAGAAGGAAAAAUCCUCGACGAAAACGCCCGAAAAAAAAGGAAGACUUUCCGCUUUAAAGAAUGUUGCCUCUGUAGCAGCCGUCGGUAUCGCUGCCACGUCGACUACAAGUAUAGUGGAGGAAUUAUUAUUAUGUGCAAGCACUGACCUCGCGAGCAGCGGUUUCACUCUCACUGCGCCUGCACACGCGCAUUUCCUCCAUGCGCUUGUAUGUUUUGACUUCUUGUGCACGGGACAGAUUACCAAACACUCCUGCAAGAAUUACUUAAAAAUGGCCAGGAGCAAAAUGGACAUAGCUAUGGACAUAGAGCCGCUGACACCUUACACAUUACAACGUAUCGCCGAAACUUUGAGCAAUUUUGAAAGCUUGCUGGAUGAGGUUGAUGCACCAACUGCACUUUGUAAACGUUUCGGUGACAUAAAACCGCUGAAUGCGAAAUCAGUAAAGAACGACAAAGAUUUGCAGAUCCUUCAAGAUAAUGCCUUUGCAAAACUCGAGCUUGCUAUCGACGAUGGUGAUACAGUUAUUAAAGACAUCUCAGAAUUGUCGCCGGAAUUGCCUGCGUAUCUAAAGUUCAAGCAAAUGGAUCAAAAGACAGCUGUGAGAGUCGCCAUGGCUGAUUUCCACCAUGCGUGUGACUGUCAGCGAGAUGGGCGACUUCUGGUGGUCGGCCGAGAACGAUGGUUGGUUAAACAUAGACUGGAUUAUAUAAAGAGCUUGUAUAAUCACGUGAAUAUGUUGAGCAAGUGGGAAUUGUUCUGGAACCUUAGUUCGAAAGAAAGAAGUAAUAUCCAAGUCUCUCGAAAACCGAUUGGUUUGCAAGCAACAAACCCGUUCGUUGUUUUAACCCAUGGAUUUGAUGAUAUCGCUGGAAAGCCUUUAUUCGAGAGGAACGUUCCUCCCAAAAAAAUGGAAUCGAUGUGCAAAAAGAUGAAUGUGAACCUAAUUCGUAUCAUCGUUCACAAUUGUUGUCCUGUUGUUCCGGCUUUCGGACCUGUACGACGCCAAGAGCGUUUGUUAUUAUCCUCAUCGAAAGUUGUUCUCAAUGCAUCACCUGAUACUGAGAUUGCAAAUGUUGAUGAUCCAGUCCAGUUUUCUGAAAUGCUUGUUACCAAAAUAAAGGAGCUGCUGCAAGUGAUGAAAGAUUCGGAGUCAGAUGUGGUUGACGUUCAGUCUCUGCUAGUUCUCUUUACGUCGCCUACUUACGUCCUUCUGUUGAAAGAAGUGCACAAGCUCUCGUAUGUCGAUUUAAACGCGAUAGCCAGCGACGAGGAAAAAAUAUGUUUUUUCACCAACGUGCUGAACAUGUUAUUGUCCCAAGCAGCUAUUACAGAGGUGGCCGUUUGUGCCUCGCGCAAGGAUGCACGAUCUCGUGAUUUAGGUCCGGCUGAUUACAGUUUCAAUGAUAAAUAUUGGGAGAAGAGCUUGCCAAGACUGGAUUUCUCAUAUUGUCGCACAUCCUAUUUGAAGAAGUAUGGUUAUAACAUUGGACAACUCGGCUUUGUCAGUGCUUUCGAUCUUUGGUUUACGAUCCUACGAACUGGGUUACCUGUUCCAGCAACUGCUCAGAACGCAUCCUCGUCUUCACAAGUGAGUUAUCGUUACGAACGCUACCAACCAAGAUCAAGUGACUUCCGCUUGACCUUCGCUAUCUGGGAUGGUACCAUCUCCUCUCCUGAAAUGCAGGCCUUAAAUCCAGAGAACAUCCAAAGCGAAUUGGAUAACGCCAUUUCAGACUAUCUUUCCAGAAAUGUCGAAGUUAUUGAAGAUGAUAAGAUAUACCUUCCAGAACUGUUAAAAUGGUAUAAGAAUGAUUUCAUGUCUACUUUGUCUGAUCGCUCCGGAGAAUUAGACCCAAACAGCUUCGGUGAAGAUGAAAAUUGGGUGGAAUUAAUGCUUCAAAUAUCUCCUUAUCUUCGCGGGGCACAAUUCCAGAAAUUUGACGAUCUUGCGACCCAACUUAAUAUCGAGUUCACACCGCAUUGCUGGAAAUUCGGUUUUCAAUUUUCAACUAUGGAAGCGACAACUCAAGGAGAAACAUCGUACAAACCCUCCACCCCGAUUAUGCCGAAGUAUACUUUGACCUCGGCCCUUUCAAAUUACCUCAGCGAACGGUCCCCACUAGUGGCGACCUUAGUUAAUCUCAGUUGUUCCCAGGACUCAAAUCAACCCGCAAAAGAAAGCCGGAAAGGUGAAGACCUUCCGUUGCUGACAACAAGCCUUGUGAGCCCCGGUACACAGAGUUUAGAAGUCACUUCGCCCUUUGAAUUCGCCAUGGGACAAGCAGUCAAAUUUCCGGUACUUCAACGUCACAUCACCUCGGCGUUUUUUUCCGUGUCUAAGUUCCUGUAUCUCGAUGGCCAGACAAAGUCUCUCCAGUCCACUUCAGUCUCGGCAAAGUUUGCCGCUCGAAAUCAAUCGCGUUUGUUUCUUCUCGACGAACGAAGUUCGGACGUUGCCGAGAUGUUUCUGCGUGCGGUGAACUAUGCGUGGCGUAAGGCAGACUGGGAACUACUCCUAGAGAUAUUCAAUUCAUCGUGUAUAAACCAAUAUGGCGCAUUACGUGGACCAGAUGACUUCGUGCUCGAGAAAGCGUUUGGAAGUGCCCUGGAACCGAGUCCGGACGACGAUAUCGCUGCCCAGACUGCUUCCACUUUGCGAAACUUCAACAUUACAGCGCCAAACUUUGAUUUGAACUGGAAAAAAGAAAAGUGGUUGUUGCUGUUCCGUAUCAAAGAUGAUUGUGUUCGCGCUGAAAUUGUCAUGCGAUGUUUACACAACUGGAGUGAUGUUACAGUAGGCCUUACGUUGCUUCAGUUUUGUUUAUCGAAACCGCCGACUGACCAACAAUUGUUAGAUUGUCUUAGGAAGAAAACAAAACAACUCAAUCUUUGUAAAAAGAUUAAACAUUGCCAACCCAGUUAUGAAUCCGACAGAGUAAACGUUAAUCAUGAAUCGUGGAAAGAUGUCGUUGAUCAGAGUGUUCGUAAUCCUGAGAUCGUCUUACAAGCCUUGCAAGAUCGCGAAAGAUUUGAUUUGGUUCAAGAAUGGAUCGAUGUUUAUGGUUAUCCAUCCAACUUACGGGAGAAAAUACACGAAGAUUACCUGAAAUUCUUGCUGACAAAAACUCCGAUUGACGUCACGGAAGUUUACAUGUAUCUGGAGAAAAUACAAGAUCCUGAAAAGACUUUGGAAAUUUGUGAACGGUUGUUGGCGAAACAAUUACCAACUCCUAACACAGUAUUUAUUACUCACUUUAUGAUAUCAGAUCUCGGCGCUUUGGUAAAUCCUGAUAGAAAACGCGAGCUACUUCGGCAGCAACUUGGCGCCAAAGCUGCUCUGUGUAUUCCCGAGUGCAACCGAAUACCGUACGAGGCCCUUACGUCUCAACCGUUGUUGCUGUUGGAGCAGCUUCUGAUUGAUAUGAAAGUGGAAUGGGCUGGAAAAGUGUUCGAAGAUUUGCAGGCAGAAAUGAAGACAAACGGGAAUUACGACGAGCUGUUUAGAGAAGAGAUCUCUGUGGAAGCUUUUGAUAAACUCUUAGUUGUUUACGCCACAAAAGCGCUGAAAUUUAAUGUGGUAACUUACGAGCAAGAGGACAUGGACACGCGCCAUAUAAAAACGUCCACUCCUAUCAAAGGUCAUCGGAGAAAUACUAGCAUCGGGGCCACGCGGUCGUUGCGAAGUGAAAAGCAGCAUCCUGGAACUUUUAAGAUCCCCGAGAAAAUUCCUGCUGAGGAGGACUGGGAACCAGAUUAUAAGCAUAGUGUGUGUAUGAUAUGCAAAGAAGUCACCUUUAACAUGUUUGUACGACGCCAUCAUUGCCGUCGCUGUGGCAGAGUGGUUUGCGAUGCAUGCUCUCCGUUCAAACGUGUCCUGUCAAACUCCGGUCGAACUCCUGUGCGCAUUUGUAAAGAUUGUGAUAGAGCCAUGUUUGAACAAAGCUUCAGACAGAAGGAGGCAGAGAAAGUCAGUCGCACUGGUUCUUUACCAACAAAUAUUAGUAAAAGUUUUGAAGGCAGAGCAAGCGCUGAAUUCCGAGAAAGACUAGACUCAGCAGUUCUGAAAUUGGAUGACGAAUUUAAUUUUGAUGGUAACCAAGAAGGCGCCAGGCUAAGUCUAAAUGAAGAAUCAAAUGAAGAGAUUCGAGAAAACUUUCUGUAUGAACAAGCUCCUAGUUCGUCUCUAUGCACCUCGAUCCUAGCGUUGCAUGGCGAUAGUAAAACCUGUGCAGAGCUUUUGCUCGACCUUUGCAAUAAACUGUCACAGAAACUGGGAAUGAGCGAAGAAAUUGACAACAAUCUGUUAAUAAGCAUCAUCUGUCAACUGUUGUAUCAUGCUAAGUUGAAAUUUACGAAUUGUGGUGAAACUCACGGGGUGGAACUAUGUGACACUUACAUGAGUCGUGUGGAGUUGGUAAAAUUCCUCAUAGAAUCCAAUUUCUAUGAAGUGCCAUCGAUUGAAGACUUGAUGUCUUCCCAGUCUGCAAGGCGACUUCGCGACAAAUUGAUUGAGAAUGAAAGUCUGUCCUUGGCGAUGGAGGUAACUACAAAAUGUGGACUUGAUCCGGGAGCUGUCUGGGGGGCCUGGGGCCUGGCUUACCUUCAAGUCGGACAAUUUAAGGAAGCUCGUAAGAAAUUCAAUAAAUUCCUGAAGCCAUCAGAACGUGGUAAAACAACACAAGGCAACCAACGUUAUCUCAAGAUGAUCAUUGACAUUCUGGAAACAUCUCCUAUGUUGUCAUUCGACUACCUCAUUGUUGGUGAUCUUGCCGCGAGUUUGGCUAGCUUACGUGAGCAUGCAAAAAAUACCAACGGGACACGAAUUAUGGAUCAAAAACGUUUUGAAGAAUGCAUUUUCUACCUGAAUAUGUACGGUUCAUAUUCUGGGGUUGUUACCUUUUAUGUUAACCACAACUAUUUGAAACUGGCCUGCAGGUUCAUAUUGGAGAAGAGAUGUGCUCCUGACAUUUUUACUGAACACCUUUUGAUGCCCGCAAUACGUCAUGGUCAGUUUGACCAGCUGCGUGACCUGCUGAAAAUGUUCGAUCCAUCGUUAGAAGUAUGGAUGCCUCAUCUUAAUGGCGCUUGCAGAUAUCUCAACCGAUCCAACUUGCUUAAUGUUCUGUAUCGAGUGCAGUUACUGAUGAAGGAUUAUUUCCGGGCAGCAAUGACGUGUAUCAAGUUCUACCAAGGUUUGCCCCAUCACGUUGCCACCAACUACACAGAUCUACAUUCAAGGUUGAACUACCUACAAGAUGCACUUUCGCACCUCCAAGCAGUACGGAAACACCAACAAUCGAAGAAAGGGACGCUUGCUAUGGUGUCUAGCUCGCUGCAGAAGAGUCUUGGAGAAUCGAACGAAGAUAAAUCUCGUUUGGCAAUCACGCCAACAGAACUGACCAACUAUAUGAAUACAAUAACUCUACAGAUUGAUGUGACGAAGUUUAUGUAUAAUUGUUUGGUGGAAGGAACUUUCCGACGAAAUAAGGGAAAAUCAGAGAAAAUUGGCACCUUGUUUGACAAUGCUAACGUCAAAUGUAACGUAGUUUCAAUGGUGUUACUGGCAGGCAAUACCGUCGAUGAUGGUUUCAGUUUGUCAUGUAGAAUAAUUCAGGAUUUUCGAAUGCCCACCUUUCAUGUGUACAAAAUAGUUGCAGAAAAGUUAGCAAGUGAGCAGAAAUUCAGUGAAAUUCAACUUCUGUUAUCAAACGCAAUGCAAACUCGAUUGAUGAAUGAUAAAGAUCAUGAUAGCGUUGUUAUUACUUUGCUUGGAAUGUUAACGGAUGAUGACAGGAAGUGGAAGCAAGCAGAGGCCCUUAUAAAGUCUUUAAAAGAUGAAGGAAAGAAGGUUGCAGCUUACAUACGUUUCCGUCGCCUUAAAACAGCCUACCUCAUUGCUGUGGCAAGCGACAGGGUUGAUGAUGUGAGAACCAUAGGAAACAUGGCGAAAGAAACGGAACAAACAAAAGUGUACAAUAUUUGUAUGAAGUGGUUAGAAACCAGGCAAGUAAGAAGAGAAAAACAAGACGUUUUCCCUGCGCAAAAAGAUUGAAUGUAAGGGACUGUUUACGUGAGCCCGGUUAUCCGAGAUUCAACGGAGCGUGAGAGGACUUUGAGGUAUUGAAAUUAGUCUUUAUGACACCAAACAAGCACAAUCAUACUAUUGUUGUG